AUGGAUGCGAUCCAGAUGAUGCCCUCCAUGCGCAGCUAUAUGAAGGGAUUGAUCUCAGGAAAAAUAUCAGAGGAGAGCAAAUUCAUGAAUGUCUCUAAGGAGUGCAGCACAGUGCUUCAGAACAGGCAGAUAAAGAAGCGAGGAGACCCUGGCAAGUUCGUCCUCUCUAUCCAGAUUGGGAAGAUAGUUUUCUCAUGCUCCUUGGUUGAUCUGGGAUCCAACGUAAACCUAAUGCCCUACUCUGUAGCACGACGUCUGGGAUACACGCAUUUCAAACCAACUAGGAUGUCUUUGGUGUUCGCGGAUAGAUUAGUUACGUCCCCGGUUGGUAUUCUAGAGGAUCUCCAAGUAAAAGUCGGGAACACCUCUAUUCCAGCAGACUUCGUAGUUCUAGAGCUUGAAGAGGAAUCCAAAGAUCCUCUCAUUUUAGAAAGACCGUUCCUAUGUACUGUUGGAGCCAUCAUUGAUGUGCGGCAAGGGAAGAUUGAUCUCAAUCUGGGAGACAUAGUCAUCCAGUUUGAGAUGGAUGAGCUGCUGAAGAAGCCGAUGAUGGAUGGACAGACCUUCGAGGUGGAUGAAGGGAUUGAUCUGCUGCAACCUAGCGACAUGAUGAUUGAGGAGAUUCUUACAGAAGAUCCACUUGAGCUUGCACUAGUAAGAGCUGAGGCCGAGCAGAGUGUCGAGAACAUUGAUGCAGACGGGUAUGCUAAGAUGCUUGACUCCGCAAGGAGUAUGGGAAGAAUGGUGGCGAGUCUAAGUCUGGGGGAAGAAAGCAACAAGGACGAGAACACUUCAACUGGAGCGACCCCUUUACCGAACUCGCCGAACCUACCUGGUGAUCCCUGGAGCGAGUUGAAGGCUCCCAAGGUUGAGCUAAAACCCCUUUCCAAGGGGCCCAGGUACGCUUUCUUAGGUCCGAAUUUCACUUACCCUGUCAUUGUGAACGAUGAAUUCAAAAAUGUGGAAACUGCAUUGUUUUUGUGUGAGCUUAGGAAGUAUCGUUUCUUUCAGAUCCCUAUCCCUCCGGACGAUCAGAAGAAGACGAUGUUCACAUGCCCAUACGGAACAUACGCAUACAGGAGAAUGCCAUUCGGCAUGUGCAAUGCGCCAGCAACAUUUCAGCGCUGCAUGAUGUCGAUCUUUACUGACCUGAUUGAAGACAUUAUGGAGGUUUUCAUGGAUGAUUUCAGUGUCUAUGGAAGCUCCUUUAGUGUCUGUUUGUCAAAAUUGUGCAGGGUACUCAAAAGGUGUGAGGAGAAACAUCUGGUGCUCAAUUGGGAGAAGUGCCACUUCAAGUUUGAUUUCGACAGCAAGUGCUUAGCUGCGUUCCAUACGAUCAAAGGAGCUCAAGUCAGCGCACCUAUUGUACAACCGCCAGAAUGGGAUCUCCCUUUUGAGAUCAAGACUGAGUGA